AUCUGAACUGAUUUCAGAACAGAUUAAUUAAAUUUAUAUCCCGUCGCAAUGGCUACUCGAAAAACGUGUAUAUAUACUGAAAAAAACACUGACGAUCAUCAAUAAUCGCAUGACCAUGCAGGCUUUCACUACCUUGUUAAUUCUUUUUCUGGCAACCGCCGCUCACGGCGUACCAACUGGUCGUGUCGUCGGUGGUACUGACGCACCAGUGGGAAAAUACCCAUACCAAGUGUCAUUGAGAGCACCCAGACAUUUCUGUGGAGGUUCCAUCAUAAGCAAACGUUACAUUCUUACUGCGGCUCACUGUCUUGUUGGAAAAUCGGUAGAGCGAGUUACUGUCCAUGCAGGCAGCGUACAUUUAGAUCAGGAAGAAGCAGUUUACACGGCAGAGGAAUUGAUUGUCAAUAAGAACUACAACCCUUUUAAAUUUACCAAUGAUAUUGGUCUGAUACGCGUCUCGGAAGACAUUACAUUCACUCCGUUGGUGCAACCAGUAAAACUGCCAGUCAGUAACACCAUUAAAGCUGGAGAUGCAGUUGUUUUGACCGGCUGGGGAAGAAUUUACCUGAAUGGACCUAUCCCUAACAAUCUCCAACAAAUUACCUUGGCCAUUGUAAACCAACAAACUUGCAAAGCCAAACACUGGGGAUUAACCAACACUCACAUUUGUACUUUUACCAAACGCGGUGAAGGAGCUUGCCAUGGCGACUCCGGUGGUCCACUUGUAGCCAAUGGUGUCCAAAUUGGUAUCGUAUCUUACGGACACCCAUGUGCCCUUGGAUCCCCAGAUGUCUUCACCAGAGUGUAUUCUUUCCUUAAUUGGAUUCGGGACAACCAAUUAUAAAUGAACAAUGUUCUAAUUAUACUUUGUUACUGUUAAAUAAAAUGACGACUUAUGACAAUUCAUAAGAAAUAAA